ACAGCUGACCGCUGUUUGCAUGAAGAAAUAAACCAGGCUAUGCUAGCACUGGACGGAUAGAUCGCAGCCUAGAGUGCAGGGGUGCAGUCACUGUAAACUCCGGGGGACUGUGGACACAGGACAGGACCGGCGCUUUCUACCAGCAAUGCAAACGCACAGUACCGUUGCUAGCUAAUGUUAGCGCUGUCUCGACAAGCAGGAACUCGGUUCCAUGGCAAAACGAAGCGACGAUAAAUAAAAGGCGACAUCAACAGGAAAGGGUUAGCUUAGUUUCAAUGUUAUUGUUAAUUAAAAUUCACACUCGGUCACAAUGUCCUGCUCUGGCAACUUGGUUUGGGAUGUAAAUAAACGCUUAAUUGGAUACAGCGAGCCUAAUACCAUCAGGACCAACUAUUUAGGUAGAAGAGAAUUUGUCCAGAGGCUUAAACUUGAAGCGACACUGAAUGUACACGAUGGUUGUGUCAACACUAUAUCAUGGAACGACACAGGAGAGUACAUCCUAUCAGGUUCAGACGACACCUUUUUGGUCAUCACUAACCCAUACAACAAAAAGGUCAAGAAGUCCAUACGUUCAGGUCAUCGGGCAAAUAUCUUCAGUGCUAAAUUCAUGCCCCAUACUAACGAUCAGGAGAUCAUCUCCUGCUCCGGCGACGGCAUCAUCUACUACACCCACACAGAGAAGAGUCCUGAGUACAAUCGACAGUGUCAGUUCACCUGCCAUUAUGGGACAGCGUAUGAGAUUAUGACAGUACCAAAUGACCCGUACACGUUCCUGUCAUGUGGCGAGGACGGCACGGUGCGAUGGUUUGACCUUCGCAUGAAGACGAGCUGCACUAAAGAAGAUUGCAAAGAUGACAUCUUGAUAAACUGUCGAAGGGCAGCAACGUCGAUAUCCAUUUCUCCGCUGGUGCCCUAUUACUUGGCUGUGGGCUGCUCGGACAGCUCAGUGCGUAUCUACGACAGGCGCAUGCUGGGUACCAGAGCUACAGGUAACUACAUGGGUCGUGGGACUACGGGUAUGUGUGUGCGGUUCGUUCCUACUCACCUGUCAAACAAGUCGUGCCGGGUGACUUCUCUGUGCUACAGCGAGGAUGGUCAGGAGGUGCUGGUCAGCUACUCCUCCGACUACAUCUACCUGUUCGAUCCCAAAGACGACCAGGCUCGAGAGCUGAAGGGCCCGUCGGAGGAGAGGAGGGAGGAGCUGAGGCAGCCUCCAGUGAAACGCCUGCGUCUUCGAGGUGACUGGUCUGACACUGGACCUCGGGCUCGUCCUGAGAGCGAGAGAGAGCGAGAUGGGGAACAGAGCCCAAACGUGUCCCUCAUGCAGAGGAUGUCCGACAUGUUGUCUCGAUGGUUUGAGGAGGCCAGUGAGGCUCAAAGCAGCAGAGGAACCCGGCCUCAGGCACGACCUAGAGGAACAGCUGUCCGUCCAGAGGGGGCGUCAAAUUCUCCGCCUGCCUCUGCUGGAGACUCCAGUCAGGAGCCCAGUACCACCCCCAGGCCCGCAGAGACUGACUCCCCCGAGGUACCUGCUGGUCCUGCUGCCACCGCCCCCAUGCCUAAAUCCACCUCCUCUUCUUCCUCAGGGUCAUCAUCAACAGUUACAGCACCUCCUCCUUCCAGCUCAUCAUCAGUGGAGAGUUCAGCACCCUCCUCCUCCCCCCUCACCUCCUCCCCUGACUCAGAGCAGAGGAGUCAGGCUGACACGACAGGGACUCCGACGCCGACGGCCACGCCAACGGCCACGCCAACGGUCACGCCGACGGCCACGCCGACCUCAGAACAUGCACUCUCAGAGUACGGUCCUCAUCGGCUGCCCAUAAGUUUAGUGUGUAGGCGUUUGCAGAGGUUACUUCGGCUGGCCGACCCCCCAGGACAGGGUCAGCGAGCGGCCGCCUCUUCUUCCUCUUCUUCUACUGCAGCUCCAGAGAGACAGUCACAAAGAGCUGCAGCUGCUGAGACGCGACCCCGUACAGAUUCCCCCUCGUCUGUGGUAAACAAACAGCUGGGAUCCAUGACUCUUGAUGAACAGCAGGGAGCAACAGAAGCUGCAGGAUCACCUCCCGAAGAACCGGUGUCAGUGCCAGCCAGAAGCAGCCCUCCCACCACCAGUACCACCAGUACCAUCAGUACAACCAGUCCGACCGGUACCUCCAGUACCAGUCGACCCAGUGCGGCAGAGCCAGUCCUCAGCCUACACUACAGUUCAGAGGGAACCACCACCAGUACAAUAAAGCUGGAUUUCACAGAUGAGUGGAGCAGCAGCACAUCCAGCUCUAUAGGCAGCGGAGCUCCGAAGACAUCUGAAUCUGUGGGUCUGCAGAGCAGGGAAAACCUGUCUAAAGAGACCUCGGUGUCUGAGCAAGCUCUCUCUGAGUCCUUGGGGGAGCAGAGUGGACCCGCCACUUCCACAGCACCUCCACCUUCUGACGCCUCCUGCUCCGGCGCCCAGAGCAGCUCGUCAGCUCCUGCCCCCACAGAGGGCUCCUCCGAGGGGGACACGGUGGCGUCUACGCUACCGGAGAGGAGUCAGCCCGAGGGCAGCGAGGACACAUCAGGAGGCUGCAGGAGAACGGAGCCGACAGGGGAGGGCCAUGAGGGGGAGGCGGGCCAGAGUCAACCUGCACGGGGCAACCAGGACUCAGACGACAGCGACGACGAUCCGAUUCUGAUCCCGUCAACGAGGUUCAGAGGACAGGGACAGAGACGCUCGGCAGCCGCUCGCAUUCAGGAGCUGUUUCGACGGAGGAAGGAAAGGAGGGAGAUGGAGGAGAGUGAAACGCAGAAUAUCAGGAGACCCUCGGUCAAAAUGGUCUACAAAGGCCACCGCAACUCAAGGACAAUGAUAAAGGAGUCGUGUUUCUGGGGUAAUAACUUUGUGAUGAGCGGUUCGGACUGUGGCCACAUCUUCAUCUGGGACAGACACACCGCAGAACAUCUCAUGCUGCUCGAGGCCGACAACCACGUGGUGAACUGCCUGCAGCCACACCCCUACGACCCCAUUCUGGCUUCUUCAGGGAUUGACUAUGAUAUUAAGAUUUGGUCGCCACUGGAAAAGUCGCCGUCUUUCAACAGAGUCCUCGCAGAUGAGGUGAUCACUCGCAACGAGCUGAUGUUGGAGGAGACGAGAAACACAAUCACAGUCCCAGCGUCUUUCAUGCUCCGAAUGUUGGCCUCCCUCAACCACAUCAGAUCAGAUCGACUGGAGGGCGACCGCUCUGAGGGUUCGGGCCAGGAGAACGAGGACGAGCAGUAGCCCACCGGCCUGUUUAUUUGGAAUUAAAACACUAUUUCUUCUUGGUGUAUAGCACUUGAAAAACCUGAGAUUUGUACAAGUAUAGUGUAGAAUACCUCCUUUUGAAAACUAGUGUAAUUUCUAGCCCCCCUGUUUUUUUUAAGGUGACUUUCUUACCGAUGUUUCUGUAUGAGGUUAUACAUCUGUGUGAAUGCAGCGGCAGGACGUCAGUAUAUAUUACGUGUGAGAAUAACGGCGAGUGAUGUGCAAGGAUGUUAACGUGCAAUAUUCUUUUGUUAGGAGAACGUGAGCUCUGAUCAGUGUUAAUGUGUGACAUUUUCAAUUUGUAGCACAAAGCUAAAAAAAAGUGUUGAUGUGCUGCUCCAGGAGUUGCGUAAGGAGGUUAAAGGCAGUUUUACUUGCAGAAUGCUUUAAUUUUUUUCUUUUUUUUUUUUCUUUUGAAGAAAAAGGAAACAAAGCGGUGGUUUUUCUCCGCAGAGGGUAAUGUCAUUAAAUUAAUCUUUUACAUUGUUUGGAAAUAAAGCUACAUGGCACCUCAAAGAAAAGACAAAUGCUUACAAUGGCUGUUCAACACUACAACCACAUCCACAAUAAACACCAGUACUUUGUGAACAGA